AUGCUAGCGGCCACUUCUGCGAUGAAUGUUGCACGUGAAGACAAGAGCGGUCGAUAUAUGGCCGUUUCCCUGAAUGACCAAAAGGAUGGCACCGAGUUGCAGACGCUGUCGCUAGGCGGGCUUCCAGAUUACCGCAACGAUUCAUCCGACAGCGACUACAUCGAGAAAUCUGAACAUGCACCCGCUACGCUCUCCAAGAGGCACACUGGGUGGCGACGAGGUAUCGUAUAUUGUAUCGCCACUGCCUUUCUCGUCCUCCUCUGCGUUCUCGCUUUUAUGGGUUGGACGGUUGGACUUUCAACAGAAAGCGCCGGUAUUCGCGUGCUCUUUCGAGGGAACUGCAAGACGUCGAAAAACAUGUUGACUGCGACGCACGUGGCUAUCAACGCACUCAGCACGCUUCUGCUCGGGGCUAGCAACUACUGCAUGCAUAUUGUCAGUGCACCAUCACGGCGCGACGUCGACAAAAUGCAUGCGAGAAAGAAGGUGCUGGACAUUGGGCUGAAUAGCGUCAGCAACACUUUCAAGCUGGGCUGGAACCGGCGCGUAGUAUGGGUUCUUCUGGGUCUCAGUUCUAUUCCACUGCAUUUGAUGUCUAACUCGGUCAUUUAUGCAACAACGACGGCGUACGAAUACGUCGCCGCAGUGGUCACUGACGACUUCUUCCAAGGCGCGAACUGGACGACAAGCGCACUUGAGGCCUUCCGGACGCCAACGCCGACCGAACUGAUCGGAAGUAUAGGCGAUAUUCAGCUCACUAAACUAGACACCAAGGCCUGCGUUGAGGCAUACGCGACCCCGUUCGUCACUCGGAACGGCAAUGUCAUCCUCACAGCAAAUAGACAUAAUCCAAACACGACCAUCUACCACAACAACUCCUUGCUCAUGGUGGAAUAUGGCAAUUACAAUGAAUCUGAUGCUGGUAGCUUCCGAACAACUCCCAGUUACGGCUGGAUGUGUGCCAAAAAUGUGUUGGAAGCCGGAUGGGAUUCCCUGCCUGCGUGCUCAACUAUCUUAGCCGAUCCCUCUGCCUUCGAGGUGGAGCCAUUCCUCCCCCUCAGUUACAAUGAUUCAAGUGGAUCUUAUGGGUGGGAUACCCGCGUGAUCCCUAUCAAUGGCUGUUUCAGCCAAAGGCUAGAUGAGAAGUGCACGGUGGAAACGAGUCUGUUCUUGUUGGGUGUCAUCAUCGCCUUCAUUAGCUGCAAAACCCUGUGCAUGUUCUGGAUCCUCUGGCGGCUGAAAGAGUAUCCGCUAGCCGUGGUGGGUGAUGCAAUCGCCUCGUUCAUGGAAGAGCCGGAUGAGAACACGAAAGGCGCUUGUCUGGGUACCGCUUCGACUUUCAACCAUACCAAAUCCUGGCAAAGAACCCUCAAGUGGUCAUCGAAGCCGAAUCGCUGGUCGCACAAUGUUUCGGGAGGCCAAUGGACUACCUGUAUACUCCUUUGUAUCAUAGCACUGUCUAUCGCCAUCUACCUCCUUGUCGACGCCGUCACCAACUUCUAUGGCUAUGGCUCUCUUGAAACUUCCCCUAUCAAAAUUUCGGGCUUCCACACUCUCCAUCCGAGCUUCAUGAUGCUCUCUGUCAUUCGGAAUACCGGUAACAGCACAUCCAGCCUACUACCUGCCGUAUUGCUCGCCAAUAUGCCCCAGCUCAUUGUCAGCUUUAUCUAUGUCUCGUACAACUCAGUUUGGACAUCCAUGCUCAUGGGCCUUGAGUGGAGUCAGUAUGCAUACAUACGCCGCACCCUGCGCGUUAGCUAUCCAAGCGCCACCCAACGCUCAUCGUACCGGCUCCAGAUCCCGUACCGAUACGGUGUACCUCUUAUGGUGUUGAUUGGCAGCAUCCAUAUGCUCAUCUCGGAGAGCAUAUAUGUCGUUAGAAUACGAGUCCUCACCACGAACGGACAGGAGGAUCCGUAUCAGUCAUUUGUCACGUGUGGAUAUUCCCUCCUUGCGCUGCUGGUGACGAUCAUUGUUGGAAUUGUGGCGGUGAUUGGCGUGAUAGGAUUCGGAUUCCGUAGAUAUAAACCCGGCAUGUCUCUGCCUUUGCUAUCUUCAUCAAACGUUACGUUCAAUAUCGACUAUUUUGUCGGUUACAAACCAGUAAAGAUCGUCGCAACGUUCGUCGAGGCCAGUGGUAGUACCGAAUAA